AAGAGGAAGGCGAAAAUAAGCAGACAGAGCGCGGCCGGACCGACACCGACCAGAGAGACGAUAAACAAUCUGAGAAGAAAUACAGUUGCAAUUGUGGUUGUGGCCGCCUUUCGCCGGAGCGUAAUUUUCCUUUUGCCGGAGAUUCGGACUUCUUUCUUCGUGAUUUCUACGUUCUUGCGGGCGAAAAUGGCUUCGAAUCCUUCUCCUAAGCCUGAGAUUGGGCCCGACGGUCUCGCCAGAGAAUCUCCGAUCAUCGCCUACACUGAGAAGUUUUCAUCAUCUGGCAUUUGCGUUUUCCUUUCAGGUAAUUGCAGAAGAGCAGCUUCAAUAACACAAGUUUCAGUAUCUUUAGUUGUCUGUAAUGCAGAUAAACAAGUCGAUGCUAUUUGGUGUAGAGCGAGAGCUUGCAAAUCUAUCCAUGGAGAUGAAACUAACUGCUGGACCUUAAAAAAGCUGGUUGCACUCGAGCAUCUGAAAAUGAAAAUUGAAGUUUCAACUGUGAAGAUUCGUCAAGCCAAGGUGAAGGAGGAACAAGCACGGAAGGCAUCGGAAGCAACACUGCAGGCGUUGAAAGAUGAGGAAGCAAUGAAGCAGAAGUUAUGCGAAGACUUGAAUCAACUGGUCCAAGAGAGCAGUGUCUCACAGUUUACUAGACUUGAAGAAUUAAAAAGUUGUCUGGAAGCUUUAAAUCCAAACAGAGUUUAUACUGCUUCUCCUCAUACCGGACAACCAGUGGGACCAAUGCAGAACAACCCGGUAACAGGUGCUUCCUCAGUUCCUCCAACACCACCACCACCAGAUAGUAGUGAGGACACUGGAAAUGCAGCUAACCAAGAACGUAACAGCCAAGUCCCAAACGGCCCAAAUCAACAGCAACCUGCUUCAGGAGGAGUUAAGAAGAAGGCUCAAGUCCAUGGAAAAGGAAGGGGUGUCCUUGGUGCUGUGCCCAAAAGACAACCUGGCUGGACUGGGGCUGGCUUUGAUGUAGAUGGCAGGAAUUAGAAGAGUCCCGCACACCUUAAAUCUCUCCUCAUAUGCCCAUUCCUUUUCUUCCUAAAUCGACCAAAUUGCUGCUUUGCAGCUUUACAAAGCUGUGACCGGGAAAGGAUCUCAUCAAGGUCGUCACCGAUUGACAUGAUAGUGUGCAGGUUAGCCGAUCGGUUCACCAAAGUGUUAAAGGGUUGGGUGCUCUUUGUAAAUUGUAAGAUCCCGGAACUCAUUCAGUUCCCCAUUUCACUCAUUCAGACUCGGGAUUCUUUUACAAGUAUAUUCUUGGCAUGUAGUUUCCUAUAUCAUUAGUCAGAAAACCCAUGAUGUUCAACAUGAAAUGUGUACUAGUUUGGCCAAACUAUGGCAUAUUGUUUCUUGGCAAUACUCAUCACAGUACUUACUAUUUGUUUGAAUUACAUACUCCACGCAGAUUCCUCCCUCCCUCUGUUUUACCAACUGACCCCGACAGGAUUCACCAGGUGCCAAUUCAGAUGGGACCAUUGAGAAGACGAGAGAUUGGCAAGAUCUGGGAAUUCCCCGGCCUUUCCGAGCUCCUACAAUCAUUUUCAUUUGAAUGAAUGAAUGGAAGAAGAAAAAAAACGGUACUUUACUCCUACUCUUCCUUUCCCUACCUUUUAUCAUACUUUGAUUGACAACACACCACUCCACAGGCACAGUUUCUGAAAUGCUUUUGCCUUCUUCUUCCGGAAAAAGAAAAAAGCUUUACCUUAGCCCUUAGCUAUUAUCUGGCUGGGUCCUUUUUCUUUUUAGAUUCUAGCCAGUCACAGUCUGGUAUGGUCAGUGGUCACGUAUAUCUUAUGAGAGUCAGUUCAUAGACCGACUGCUGACUCCAUUAUUGAGCUGUGCUCACAUGGUGGCUAGGCCAGGCCAGGCCAGGGAGGGAAUAUAUCGCUCACUGGCCCCAACUGUGGAGACUGUGUGAGGUGUAAUGCUUGAAAUGGAGGUGGAAUGGAAUAACCGAAUGGUGGUAGUGGUAAGUUGGUAACUGGUAAUGCCUGAAAUAAAAGAUGACAAAAUCGUCUCACAGGGGUUUUUUCAGGCUCCACUGACUGCAGAAUGUGACGUGGAAACUGUAUGCAGCACACAGAGUAGAAUAGAGUAGAGUCGGUAGAUGGAUAGGUGAAUUCACCAAACGAGACCGUGCAGCCGGGCGUCCAUAUCUGCGCUGCGGUGGUGUUUUGGAUCGACUCACCAGGCCACCCGCCACUUUGUUGGUUCCUACGGAUGGGAUGGAUCACGGUGGAAGAGCUCGUCUUGAAAUUACGUGUGCACUGUUUUCAAAUUUCUUGAAAGGCGGUUUGUUUGAAUGUUCGUUCAUGUUCAUUAUUGCAGUUGACGAUUAGAGGUGAUUAUUGAGUGGUUGAACCUAUAUAUUGACCUGUAAUUGAAGACAUUAUUUUGUGGAUUGUUUCUAUGUAUUGGUGGAGAUCAAGGUUCUCAACCCGACGGGUCGACCCACGGGUCGACCCAAUUUGAUCUUGACUCGGUGAGAAAAACGGGUCGCACGCACCCGCCUGGCCGACCGCUAUAAGAUACCGGGUUGGAUGUCAAAUUGUGUCAUUUUUUUCUUUAGUUUGCGAAAUACGCCUAUUUUUCAAUUUUUCUUU